AUGACCCUUUCAUCCCUUCUCCGCAUUACUCCCCGCCUCACGCCGACCGCGGCCCGCAGGACCGUAAGGGCUGCAUCCUCGGUGGCUAGCACAUCGCAAGGCAACAAGACCUUGGACUCAAUUCUGAUUGCUAACCGUGGGGAGAUUGCACUGCGUGUUGGACGGACCGCUGCGGAGCAUGGAAUCCGUGUUACGACACUUUACACUGAUCCCGAUAGUCGGGCGCAACAUGCCUUGAGCACGCCAUUUGCAUUUAACCUAGGUUCUGUUUCCGCCUACUUGGAUGGCGACCGUAUCAUUGAGAUUGCGAAGAAAGAAGGGUGUCGAGGUAUUCACCCCGGCUAUGGGUUUUUGAGCGAGAACUCCGCCUUUGCUCGAAAAUGUACCGAAGCCGGUAUUGUGUUCAUUGGCCCACCAUGGAAGGCAAUUGAGGACAUGGGUGACAAGAGUCGCUCAAAAGAGAUUAUGCUCGCGGCGGGCGUUCCCUGCGUCCCGGGAUACCACGGCCAUAACCAAGACCCUGCCUUCCUCGAAGCCGAAGCCGACAAAAUCACAUACCCCGUCCUCAUCAAGGCCAUCAAAGGCGGCGGUGGAAAGGGCAUGCGCAUUGCUAGCUCAAAAGCCGAGUUUCAGGCUCAGCUGGAGUCGGCAAAGUCGGAAGCUAUGAACUCUUUUGGAGAUGACCAGGUCUUGGUUGAGAAGUACAUCACAACGCCCCGGCAUAUUGAGGUUCAGGUCUUUGCAGACAAGCACGGCAACUCUGUUGCUUUGGGAGAGCGAGACUGCAGUAUUCAGCGAAGACAUCAGAAGAUCUUAGAAGAGUCUCCGGCUCCUCAUCUCCCAGAUGCUACGCGAAAGGAUAUUUGGGCCAAGGCCCGAUCAGCUGCACUUGCAGUUGGAUACGAAGGUGCAGGCACUGUGGAGUUCAUCUUUGACAAUGACUCUGGCGAAUUUUACUUUAUGGAGAUGAACACUCGUCUUCAGGUCGAGCACCCCGUCACGGAGAUGGUCACGGGCCAGGACUUGGUGCACUGGCAGAUCAUGGUGGCCGAAGGGGCCCCAUUGCCUCUGACGCAAGAGGAAGUGGAAGAGCGUAUUGCUCGCAGUGGACACGGUAUUGAGGCUCGCAUCUACGCCGAGAAUCCUGACCAGGGGUUCAUUCCUGACUCCGGACGGCUGAUCCAUGUCCGAACACCCGCGACUACCGAGGAUAUUCGUAUUGACGCCGGUUUCGUGGAAGGAGACGACGUGUCUGCCCACUACGAUCCGAUGAUUUCUAAACUGAUCGUUCGUGGCGAGACACGCGAGGAAGCCAUCCGAAAGCUCGGGGCGGCGCUCGAGCAGUACGAGGUCGCUGGUCCUGUCACCAACAUCGAGUUCCUGAAGACCAUCUGCCGGAGCCCUGAUUUCAUUGCAGGCGCAGUUGAGACAGGCUAUAUCGAGAAGCACCGCGACGAGCUUUUCGCUCCUAAAACCAUCGAUGAUGAAGUUCUUGCCCAGGUUGCUCUUGCAUGCCUGCACCGUGACAUGCAUUCCGCCGCCGCUGCUCCCUCGGCCGGCCUCGCAGGAACCACGAUCGGAUUCACGCCCAGCUACCAACAACGGCAGCUGUCCUUUACCUCGUCUACAGGGCCAAACACCGAUGGAACAACCUUCAACGUUCGCGUGCAACAAACAUCGGAUCAAACAUUCGACGUUGAGGUCGGCUCCCGCGUCUUCUCUCAAGUAACCAGCACAAUGGACCCCGUCUCACGCGUGGUGACCUCGUUCUUCGGCCAUACCCGGCUGGACACGACCGUCGUCCAGGACGCGGAAACGGACACGAUUAUCGCGUUCCAGCGAGGCAUGCAGUACCGGCUGGGAGUGCCGCGGGCCAAGUGGAUGGAGAAGGCACUGGGCAUGAAGGACGUGGCGAACAGCGUGCUAGCGCCGAUGCCGUGCAAGGUGCUCCGGGUGGAAGUGCAGGCGGGCGAUGUGGUGGAGAAGGACCAGCCGUUGGUGGUCAUUGAGAGCAUGAAGAUGGAGACCGUGAUUCGUAGCCCGCACCAGGGGACGAUUGCGCGCGUGGUUCAUCAACAAGGUGAUCAAUGCAAGAGUGGCACUCCCUUGGUCGAAUUCGCCGAAGAACCAGAGUCUGCGUAA